AUGGCCACGAGAACGGCUCAUAAACGGCUCACCAAGGAGUAUUUGGCCAUUGAAUCGUCUCCCACUCCAUUUAUCGAGGCACACCCUAGUGACUCCAAUAUCCUCGAGUGGUACUAUGUCAUCACGGGUGCUCCAGACACUCCGUACGCCGGGGGUGAGUACAUGGGCACUUUGCUGUUUCCUCCAGACUAUCCGUUCCAGCCACCGUCUAUUCGCAUGAUCACGCCGAGCGGUCGAUUCAAACCCAACACCCGGCUCUGUCUUUCUAUUAGUGAUUUCCAUCCUGACACGUGGAAUCCGGGCUGGAGCGUCGCCACUAUUCUUGUUGGCCUCUUGAGCUUUAUGAACAGCGAGGAGGCUACAACUGGUAGUCUGAUGAGCAGCGAAAGAGUUCGGAAAGACUACGCGGCCAAAUCUGUUGCAUGGAACCGCUCAUUCCCAAAAUUUUGCGAGGAAUUCCCCCACCUUGUAGCUCGGGCCCGGACUCUUGAAGAAGCUAGCAACGGCACUGCCAGUGCUGCAGAAACAUCAUCAACGCCCGGAGCUGCCCAACCUUGUGUAACAACGCAGCCUGUGCAUGCCACGCAGCGCAUCCCGGAUUCUCGUGGUCUAGGCGAUGUUCAACCCCAAUCACGAUACUAUUUAUGGGCCGCAGUGGCCGUUUUUGUCGGAGCUGUUGUUUGGGUCUCUCAUAAUUAA